GACAAACAUGUGUAUUCAUUUUUAAAAACCCUAGACCCGAUCUCAUGCAAAAAUUGCUUUCCAAUCGCACCCACUUUCCACAAAUACAUACGUAACAAUUGGUUAGGGUUUGAGAGCGAAUCGAAUCGAAUUGAUUAGAGUGAUGUUUAGGGUUUCAUAGGAGGACGAUAAUGGUCAAUUCAGUUGUGGUUUGUUUGUGUUGUAUGGGCGAAGAAUGCCGGAUUUGCGGAGAGGAGUAGGUGUAGCCCCCCGUACACAGAAGAAAUCGGAGGUAGUAGUUGGGAAUUACAUCAAGACUCGGGCAGCGGUAGCAAAAGCCAAGGCCAAGGCCAAGGCCAGGGCGGCACUAGCAGCAGGAGCAGCAGCAGCGGCAAAGAAGCGGAAGGAGGUGCAGUUGGCUCUGAUUUCGGAGGAGGAUAACAAGGUUGCUGAAGAGGGUGGGUCUUUUCCUAGGAGUGGAGGCAGAGUAAGAGGAGGUGGUGGUGCUGAGACUAUGGGGGAUGAAAGUGGUGGUUUAAGUGCUAAUAAAGUUACUGGCCAGGAAGAAGAGGGUAGCACAGCUCCUUUCCCCGAGACGGUUCAAGUGGGCGGGUCACCAUUAUACAAGAUUGAGAGGAAGUUGGGUAAGGGUGGGUUUGGUCAGGUAUUUGUUGGUCGCCGUCUUUCAGUCAUUUCGGGUGGAAAUGACCGCACUACGGGUCCUGGGGCUACGGAGGUAGCUCUGAAAUUUGAGCAUCGAAAUAGCAAAGGCUGUAACUAUGGUCCUCCAUAUGAGUGGCAAGUGUACAACACUCUUGGUGGUAGUCAUGGAGUGCCUAGAGUACACUAUAAAGGAAAACAAGGAGACUAUUAUGUAAUGGUUAUGGACAUGCUAGGGCCUAGCUUAUGGGAUGUAUGGAAUUCUUCAGGACAGUCGAUGUCCUCUGAAAUGGUAGCAUGUAUCGCAGUUGAGUCUUUAUCGAUCCUAGAGAAGAUGCACUCAAGGGGCUAUGUGCAUGGAGAUGUAAAGCCAGAAAACUUUUUACUUGGUCGGCCAUCUUCACCGCAAGAGAAGAAGUUGUUUCUUGUUGAUUUGGGAUUAGCAACAAAGUGGAGAGAUAGCUCCAAUAAGCAUGUUGACUAUGAUCAACGUCCUGAUAUGUUCAGAGGAACUGUUCGAUAUGCUAGCGCUCAUGCUCACUUGGGUAGAACUGCCAGUAGAAGAGAUGAUCUAGAAUCUCUUGCGUAUACACUCAUUUUUCUUCACCGAGGCAGGCUUCCAUGGCAAGGGUAUCAGGGUGAUAAUAAAUCAUUCCUAGUUUGCAAGAAGAAGAUGGCAACGUCUCCUGAAAUGAUGUGCUGCUUCUGCCCUGCACCACUAAAACAAUUUCUUGAAAUUGUGAUUAACUUGAAAUUUGAUGAAGAGCCUAACUAUUCCAAGCUAAUCUCCCUGUUUGAGGGACUGAUUGGACCAAAUCCUGCUAUAAGGCCAAUAAACACUGAUGGUGCUCAAAAGAUUAUAUAUCAAGUUGGUCAAAAACGAAGUAGAUUGAAUAUUGAGGAGGAUGAGGAUGGGCUCCCUAAGAAGAAGGUUCGUCUAGGAGUUCCUGCCACACAGUGGAUUUCAAUUUACAAUGCAAGGCAACCUAUGAAACAGAGGUACCACUAUAAUGUGGCAGAUGGAAGACUGGCCCAACAUGUGGAGAGAGGAAAUGCAGAUGGUCUACUCAUCAGUUGUGUGGCAUCCUGUUCCAAUUUAUGGGCACUUAUUAUGGAUGCUCGAACUGGUUUCACAAGCCAAGUAUAUGAGUUAUCACCUAACUUCUUACACAAGGAAUGGAUCAUGGAACAAUGGGAGAAGAAUUAUUACAUUAGUUCCAUUGCUGGCGCUAACAAUGGAAGUUCUCUGGUGGUGAUGUCCAAAGGCAUGCAAUAUACUCAACAGUCUUAUAAAGUAAGUGACUCCUUUCCCUUCAAGUGGAUAAACAAGAAGUGGAGAGAAGGGUUUCAUGUGACCUCCAUGGCAACUGCUGGUAGCCGAUGGGCUGUUGUCAUGUCUCGCAAUACUGGCUUCAGUGAUCAGGUUGUGGAGCUUGAUUUUCUUUAUCCGAGUGAGGGGAUCCACAAACGUUGGGAUAAUGGUUAUCGUAUUACAUCAACAGCUGCUACUUGUGAUCAAGCUGCUCUUAUCUUGAGUGUGCCCAGGCGCAAACCCACAGAUGAAACUCAGGAGACUUUGCGUACAUCUCAAUUUCCAAGCACACAUGUUAAGGAAAAAUGGGCAAAAAAUCUGUAUCUAGCUUGUGUGUGCUAUGGACGAACUGUAUCUUGAUUGCUGUUUACAUGGGGGUAGGAAGGAAGGAGAUUGAUUGAUCUUUCUUUCUUUCUUUCUUUCCUUUUGGUUUUUUUUGUGUGGAAAGUAAAAAAAUUCCAUAAGUCAAGCCAUCAAUGUCAUCAGUGUUUCUUCUAUCUCCUUAUUAGAUUCCUUUUUUUUUUUUUUCCUUCUAAUUUGGUCCCUAUUUUGUAAUUGUAAAAGUAGAGAUGGUGUAGGAGUUUAUGAGCUGGAACAUUUAUGAACAUUUUGUGCAUAUUUAUAUCAGAGCUGUUGUAUUCUUGGCUUGGCGCUAUUCCUCACAACACACUUUCAGCAUAUUCCAAUUCAAUUUUGUGUAGUUGGAGAACAUGUUUGCGGAGAUAUUUGCAAGGGAUAUUACUCGACUGGACCUCUUUGGCUUUCAA